AUGAAGGAGAACGCGGCCGCCGAGAAAAAGGCGCCGCCAAGACGCGACACCCCCGCGGUCAUGAUUGGCCGUCAACGCCUGCGGAACCACGUCUUCCACGUGGCCAACAACCCAGCCAAGGACCGAGCCUACGAUCCAAUCCUCAACAAAUUGCAAACCCAGCCCGAAACUGGCAGCCCGGGCCGACGAUGGCUGGCUGCACGUCGACCUCGCGCGCUCAAAGCCACCGACGGUCUGCGGCUACCCGGGCGCUUCGACGUUGAACCACGGCGGCGGAGCAAUGCCGUGGGGCCGCACUUGGGUACCGCAGAGCGUCAAAAUGCAUAG